CUGUGAUUGGCUAGGCGCUAGCAGCUGAAGCCUACAUGUAAGGCAGUGAACGUGUGCGUGUAGAGCUAGCUCACCUCCGUGUAGCGCUAUGAGUUCUGAGUGCAGCUACACCGUGGAGCCCGGGAGCAGUGAGGGCCAAAAGUGUAAAGCUGUGGUGAAGAGAGAUGGUGUGAUUGCAUCAGUCUUCUGUCGAAUUUCACAGUUUUGGCCAGUCCGGCUUGUGGUGCAUGGUUUUCGGGCCUUGUGGUGGUUCUUUGGCUUUUCCUCUCCUGGAAAGGCCCCUUCCCCUCCAUUUGAAGAAGACAAGAGUUCUCCGAGUGCACGCCAGUGUCGGUCAGGUCGGAAACGUCUAGGAAGAGCCACACGUUUCCUGCUUGCCAUCCUGCCUCGGCAGCUCCAGGGUGCUCUCGGCUACCCGGUGUGCACCAGCAUCGGCUGCUCUGUGUCCCCAGAAGUGCGCUGUUCUCCCACUAAGCCUUGUGGGAAAGGCAGUAAAAGGAAGCAGGAUGAUAUGGAUGAGGAUGAGGAGCUGGAGCAGCAGUCUUGGGUGGAGGCACUGACCCAGGAGCUGACUGAUGAGGACCAGUCUGCUGAUCCUGACUAUGAACCCAGUGCAGCUGAGACCGAUAGCGAGGAGUAUCGGACACACAAUGAUACCGAGAGCGAUAUUGAAGUGGAGAAAGGUGUGGUCGUGAUCCAGGAUUUGGAGACUGUACAGGAAACGCUCCACUGAGGCAUAGUGAUGGCAGUGUGGAAUGUGUUGCAUAUAUUUAUAAAAGUAAUAAACAGUUGUGUUCAUCUGUAUUCUAGAAAUGUUCAUGUAGGUGGCUAUUAAUUGCCCUGUGUGCUUUUGUCUUGCCUCCUGGCUUGAUAGUUGUUCUGUUUUUCUAUGCGAGUUUUCAGUGUCUUGUAUUAUUUUCUGAAAUAAAUGCUUUGUUUAAUCUA